AUGGGGGACAUAUCUGAGCCAAUAAAAAAAUGCAUACUCAUCUUGAAAUCUGCAAAAAGUGACACUGAAAAAUUUGCUGCAUUAUUUAUGGUAACGAAGUUAGUGAAGAGCAAGGACUGUAAUACUGCAGCAAAGAAAGCUUUAUUUGAAGCAAUUGGGUUCAAGUUUUUAAAGAAGCUUUUAACAGGCAAUAAUAGCGAAGAUGAUUGUCCGCCGUCCGUUUACAAAUCUGUCGCCCUGUCCAUCCUUACAUGCUUUUGUAAUGAACCUGAACUAUCGACACAUCCUGAAAUGCUGGCCAAUGUACCUGUCUUCCUUGACAUAGUGCAGACAUCAGACAAUGAAGAUUAUGAUGAUAACCUAAUUAUUAUUAGUGAAGCCUAUACUUGCUUACAAUGCAUUGCUGAACAUGAGGCUGGUCAAAAAGCUCUCAUAGAAGUUGGUGCUAUAACAAAAAUGUCAGAAAUUUACUCUCAUCAAAGCUUCCAAACUGAUGAAGCACUUAAUAUUCUUGUAAAGCUGGUUAGUAGAUAUGGGCCUGCAGCAUGGGGAAAUGAUCCUAAACCUUUCCAUGCAUUGGUAAACAAAAUUGCGUUAGACUUUGCAACAGAUCAGUCAGAAAGAAAAUUUGAAUUAGCUACAAUAUUAAGUGCAUUGCUCUACAGCUGUAAUAAAACUACUAUCAUACCCGGAUCUUCAGAUGAAACAUGGCCACAAAGUAUCUACAGAGCACUAUAUGAUAUUUUAACUAGUAAAAUUGGCAAAAACCAAAGAGACCCUGCUUUAAAACUUGCAGCCAACAUUAUUGAUUUACUUGGAGUUGAAUGGACAUUCAAUGAUGAAGAAAACCCCAAAAAAUUCUUUCUUUUACUGUUACAAUUGUGUGCUAUUGAGGUAAGAAUGCAACUUGAAGAUAGGAGUUUUAAGCAAGCAUUUUCAAAUGCUGAACUUGUGACUGCUUGUUUUAUGGUACUAGAAUCCUCCAUCAACUACAUGAGCACUGACCAACUAGACCUUGAACAGAAAGAAAAACAGUCUGUGUAUACUAGUCUCAAAGGUGCAUUCAACGCUGUUGUAUCUAUUUUAACUAAGGUAUCAAAUGACAAAAACAGAGAUAAGCUUCCCGAUGCUGAAAAAGUUUUUAUAUGUGCAAUGGUUAGAGUUUUGGUUGCCUGGAUUGCUCAAGAAACUACUGCUAUGAGGGAACAAAUAUAUGCUUUACUUCCAUAUAUAUUUACACUGGCAAAUGACUCUUUUCAUGCCUACAGAGCGAGAAAGUUAGCUGAAAAGAACAAAUCUGAUGGGGAACCCAUGGACUCUGAUAUAUCAUUAAUGGGUCAAAUUGAUUUAUUGCGUUUAAUGUUACCUGCUUUGUGCCAUCUUGUUGUUGAAGAUAAAGCUAGAGAUAUUGUGUUAAACUUAAAACAGGAAGAUAUUUUAUAUGAAGCCAUGAAUUUCCACUGGUCAAUUGUACAUUAUAAAAAACCCCUUAUUCCUAAAUCAGAAAGAGGAAAAGUAAGGACUCAACCAGAACCAGAGUUAGACCCUCAAGUACUUGAAGAUAUGAAAGACUCCAGGGCUGCAAUGGUUAGUCUAUGUAAUAUAUUCAUGAAUCUAACGGUACUAGCACCAAAAGUUGUAGAAAACAGCAUGUUAUUUAAUACAUUGCUCAAAUUUAUAUUCAAUAACUUACCAGAAUUGAAAAAUAUUCCUGAAAACCUUGUGUUACAUGGUCACCUUGCUGUAUUAGGACUUCUUCUCCUUAAACAACAGGCAAAUAAAGUAAAGAAAAAUGAUUUCUCUAUAUGCCGGUACAUUCAAUCUACUAUUAGAUUCCUUUGGGAUGCAUACAAUGUUGAUGAGUCAAAUGAUCCUAAUGCACUUGUUGUUUCAAUGACUUAUAAGGAAAAUUGGAAUGAAAUUGCUGACUUAUGGUUCUUGGGUAUGCAAACAUUGAGCGGUGUUUUAACUACAAUCCCUUGGAUCUCCGAGUUUGCUAUAGAAAGUGGAUGGGCUCAAGGUAUCGCUGAAAUGCUGGCUAAAGUCAAAGUUGGUACACUUGCUCCAAAUGUCAAAUCUGCAUUUGAAGACUUCCUGUGUAGAUUAGUAGAUUCAAAUGAAAGUGCCAUACCUGUACUAAAAAAAGGUGGUGCCUUAAAAAUGUGCAGGAAUCACAGAUUAAUGGAUUUAGGCAAGAAAUUGUUUGGAGAU